AUGGCAGGGUGCGCGUGGGGCCCCGGCAUUUGCCUACUCCUUCUCGGGUGCUUCUUCUGGGAGCGAGGCCUGGCGGCUGCGGACUAUGACGACUAUGGGCCCAACAGCACCGACGCCGAACAGCACGCUCUUUCCAACGGGCUGUGCCCACGCGCUGUGCCAGGGCAGGCAGUGUGGCGCAACGGCACUCUCUUCCUGGCCAUCCCUGCUGCGUCCCGCCUUCAGCUCAGCAGCCGGCUGAUCACCGUCCUCCUGCCUUCCACCUACACGGCCGUUUUCCUGGUGGGGCUGCCCCUGAACGGGCUGGCACUUUGGGUGCUGGCCACCCGCGUGGAGAAGCUGCCCUCCACCAUCUUCCUGAUGAACUUGGCCGCCGUUGACCUCCUGCUGGGGUUCCUCCUGCCUUUCAAGAUCGCCUACUACUUCCUGGGCAACCACUGGCCCUUUGGCGAGGGGCUGUGCCGCUUCACCUCCGCCGCCUUCUACGGGAACAUGUCCUGCUCGAUGCUCCUGUUGGCCUGCAUCAGCGUGGACCGCUACCUGGCCGUCGCCCACCCGUUCUUUGCCCGCUCCUGCCGCAGCCGGCCCUUUGCCGUGGGCACCUGCUCCGCCGUGUGGGUGGCGGCCGCCCUCCUUGUGGUGCCCCUGACCUGCCACCGCCAGUCGUUCCCCUUGAACGGCACCACGCUCACUCUGUGCCACGAUGUCCUGCCCCGCGGCCAGGAGGCGGAGUACUACUACUACUACUUCCUCUGCCUGGUGGCCUGCGGCUUCCUCGCCCCGCUGCUCACCAUGGUGCUGAGCUCCACUGCGAUGCUGAGGGUCCUACUGGGCAGCGGGCAGAAGUACGCCACGGCCAUCAAGCUGACGGUGCUGGUCCUCUCCACCAUGGUGGCCUUCUACACGCCCAGCAACGUCCUGCUGCUGCUCCACUAUGCCCACUCCUGCUCCCAGCGCCGGGGGACCUUCUACGUGGCCUACAUGGUCAGCCUGGCCCUCACCACCUGCAACACCUGCGCUGACCCCUUCGUCUACUACUACGUCUCGGAAGAGUUCCGGGCCAAGGUGAGGGGGAGGCUCUUUGGCAGGCGGGAGAGCUCCGCCUUCUCCCUGAAGACCUCCAAGGAGACCCUGCCCCCCCCCAGGACCUCCCACUCACACUCCCUGGCGUAA